AUGGUAAUUCAAAAGUUCGUAGAUGUUGCAAUGUUCCCCGGAACAUAUUCUUCAUACGAUAUUACUUCUUAUCCUGAAACAAUUCUAAUACCUGGACCAAUAGAUGGGGGCAGAAAAAUACCAUGUUUUUUGUUUGCUCCAAGAUCAAAUUCAAAAAUUUUAGUUAUCUAUGCACACGCAAAUGGAGUUGACAUUGGCGAGAUACACGGUAGAUUACGUUAUGUAAGUGAGAGAUUAAGAGUAAAUAUGCUGCUAUUUGAUUAUCCAGGUUAUGGAAAAUUUGAGGGUAGGUCUGAUGAGUCAAGUGUUGACCAAUGUAUGAAUGUGUUAUUAAAUUUUGCUACACAAGAAUUAAAUUGGCCAAUAGAAAACAUAAUUUUAUGGGGAUGCUCAAUAGGAACUGGGCCUAGCACACGCAAAGCAAAAGUUCUGAAUGAACAAAAAAAAAAACUAGGCGGACUAAUUCUGCAAUGCCCAUAUAAAAGCAUCAAACAUGCUGCGGAGAGCUUAGCAGGAAAAAUAGGUCGGUUUUUAAUUUCACAAAGAUGGAACAUUCAAUCCGAAAUAAUGGAUUGUUCUUGCCCAAUUUUAUGGAUUCAUGGGAAAAAAGAUUCAUUAUUUAGUUGGCAUGGUAGUCUUGAAAUGUACAACAGUUACCACACUCACCUUAGAAGUUGUCAUUUCCCAAAAGAUGCAAAUCAUCACUAUUUUGAUAUAGAAGUUGAUAUAAUACAACCUAUUCAACAAUUCAUAAAUAAAUUUGUAUUACCGAAUACUCUCCCAAUAUUUGAUGGUAACUCUAUAAGAAAUGGAAAGAAGGUGAAGUUUAAUAUAAAUAAGUCAUAUAACAGCAAACUCAACCCUUUUAGACCAACAAUUUUAGACGUAUACCUUACUAGAAAUACAAAUGUUAAAAUGUCCAGAGAUAUUAACUUAUCAUGUGAGAAAAAAUCAAACGAUAUAUCUUCAAGUAUUCAAAUUGAUGACGAAACUAAUAAUAUUAGAAUUAUUGGGCCGAAGGAUAUAAAAUCGAUUCUACCAUUUUGGGGAAGUAAUAAAAAAGAAGUAAAUUCUGCCAUUAUCAACCCGAAAAAUACGAUUUAUUUGGAAGGAGAUUUUACACCUAAAUAUAUCUGGCUUAAUGGAGAGGCAGGAGAGUAUAUAAAAUAUUCGCGAGAAAAUAUAUCUAAAGCAAAUUCAUCCUCAAGUAUUUAUCUUUCAUCAUCAGAGGAAGAUGAAUUUGAAAACAAUAACGAUUAUGACAGCGAGUUUGAUAAUGAAACUGACUCAAAUCAAAGCGAUGGUGAUUCCAAUGAAGAAUUUAAUUGUUAUAAUAGAUUAGUCAAUUCAAACUUAAUUAGUUCAAACCAAAUGUUUCAUAAAAAUAUUAAGCAGUGUAUUUCUUAUAAUAAUAUUAACACUAACGUUUAUUCAAUUUACAAUAAUACAUUUGAAAAAAGUCGUAAGUAUAACUUGAGGAAAAGAAAUGUUAUUUUGAACAAUCCAAGUGUUUUUAGAAUGGAGUGUCGGAAUCGAAUGGAGAGAUUGAAUCUCAGAUCUUUCGUAAAAAAUGAAGAAUUACUCUUAAACUUUUGGCCAAUUACAAAUCUAUAUUGUUAUUUAUUUGACCAGUACUACCAAUUUUUCCAAAUAAUACUAAAAAAGCUUAAACAAGGUAAUUUUUCGUUCAUAAAAAACGGAAAUGAUACAUUUUUGUCCAUAAUAAUGUGGGUUAGAAGACUUUACUAUUUAUAUACUCCAACAUUAUUCAUGAAUUCUAUCUAUUCAUAUAAUUCAGAUACUGACCAAUGGAUUUUAGAAGGUGUUACAAUAGGUAAUAUCUAUAUUCAACUAAAAAAUAUUGAUGGUAUAAAUGGCAGGCUUGCAGUAAGAUUAUUGGAUAAAUAUCCCAUAUCUAGCAAUUUCUCUCCACCUUUUUAUAUUGUUUUGCCUUUAUACGUACCUCCGAAACCGUUUUUCCAGCCAAUUGCUGAGUGGAUAGUAAGGAAUAUCUAUAGGUUUCAUGUAUAUAAUCAGGUUAAAUCUAAUAGAUCACCUAAACAUAAAGAUUUACUAAUUUCCCAGAAAUAUACAAAUAUUGAUUCUUUUAAUGACCCAAUUAAUCAAUUAGAAACGAGAUGCUUAUUGGAGGAGCUAUCGUUUUCAAGCCUACAACAUUUUCUUUUAUCUAAUACAAGGCCAAAGAUUGAAAAACUUGCGUUAAUUACUGGUUUUGGGAAUUGGGUCCCCUUCGGAUGGUUUGAAUUCUUUGUUAAGUUAUUUGAGACAAAUUCUAAGCACUAUCUUCAAAGAUUAUUAUUUCUGAAUAAUGAAGAAAUCAAUAUUAAUGGGAAUGAUUUCAUCAAUUUAUUGGUGCCGUUUUAUUUGCCAAGUUUUGUAAAUUUAAAAAUUAUGUAUAAAAUAAUUAAAACAAAAAUUAAGACAAGAGAUGAAUGGAUUGAUAGCAUGAAAACUGUAUCGAGCAGUCAAGAGCAAGAAAAUGAAAUUAAAAAUUUAAUUCAUCCAGAUAUAUGUAACAACAUUUUUAGUAAUUUAAUGAUUGUAAUAAAUACUUCAAUAAAAAUUACAGAUGGUCUGAAUUUUCAUAAUAAUGUGGUUGAACAUUCAAAUUUAAAACCAAAUACACAAAAUAACUUCUUAUUGCAAAACAAUCAAUUAAACUGGGAAGAAAUAUUGAAAGAUUUUGGUUCAUUUUCUUAUUUUAUGUCUCAAAUUAAUUUUAGAAUUCCUAAGCUUUCCUUUCCUGGUAUUAGCCAGGCUUUCAGAGGGAGGCAAAAUACCGAAAAUCAAAAGUCAAAUAGUGAGAAAAAAAAUGUAUCGAUAAAUUCAACUUCAAACCAGAGUUUAGAAAUAAAUUCAAUUUUUGAAAAUAUAGAAUUUGGUGAAAAGAAUCAAUCUGUAGAUUCAAAUGAGUUUAAUUCUGGAAAAAUAUUGGAAAUCGAAGGCGAUAAAAUUGAAGGUUUCCAUGAUGAAAUCGAAUCUCCAGAGCAAACAAUAAUAAGGUCAUUCCAAGGAAAAAUCAUUGUAAUAGACAAUUCUUCAGAUUUUAUUCAACCUGAUGAUAAUGAAAAAAAUUUUUCUAAUGAUAGCGAAAAGUUGAUUGAAAAAACUUCUAGGAACAGUGAGUUACCUCUAACAUGGGAAUCUGUAUUUUUAAAUUCACAAGACCCAUUACUAAUUAUUAACCAGUUGCAAUAUCAUGACAGGAUAUAUAUGGGUAUGUCUCCAUCAAAUUACAUCAUUCUUCACAGAUCACUUUAUGAGAAAUAUUCAUUUUUAAGAUUAAACUAUGAGUCUGAGUAUUUAUUUCGUCUUUUAUGGCAUUUUUCUCAUUGUUGUAUUUACCAUGGAAAUUUGCUGAAUAGUUCUGCUCUAAAUAAAAAUUUUAGAAGUUCCGUUAUUCACCCAUUGCAAUGCAUUUUGUUAAUUAUAGGUAUUUUAAGGAGGUCGUUGGAAAACCCAAGCAAUUCCGAUUUAACACAACUCAACUGGGAAAGGGAUCAUAACGAUGAACAAUAUUCAGGUUUCAAUUCUUCAUGUAUUAAUUCAAGUUUAAACAAAAAACUGAACAUUAUAGAAAGGAUACUUGCAAUUUCUGCCGAGCUACUUGAGAAUGGGGUUUGUAAUUCAAUAGUAAAUUACCAAAUUAACUGUAAAUCCAAUUGUGAUCCAUUAGUUCUUGGAAGCAAAAUUCAAAGUGUUUUAGAUUCAAGGAAUGAGUCAAGUAUAGAUUCGAGUUCUAAUAAUUUAACAAAUAUGAGUUCUGAUCUUGAAGAGAGUUACGAAAAAAAUGCAAAUUUGAAGGGAGUAACAAGUAUGGACUACAUGAACAAUUUAUCAAACGAUUCUUCACUAUCUUCAUCACGAAUUUCGUCAUUCGAGUCCAUGAUUCAAAAAGUCUAUGAUUGUAACAUUAAAAAUAAUGAAUUGCCAAUUACUAAUGAAAAACAGCCACGCAAAGUCGUAAUUUAUUCCUCAACAACCAGGGCAUUAAAUAAAAAUAAUUUUCUUAGAGAAGAUACUGGGUUUCUUAAGAGGAUAGUUAAGAAUAAGAAACAAAUAAAAGAAACAAGGAUUAUUAACGUUAACCAAGAAACUAAGCAAUUUAACAAAUUUUCUCCUUUAAGAAUUAAUCAUGAUUUUGAUGAGCCCCACAAUCAAAAUAUAUUUAGAUCUAUAGGAUUCGAAUCUAAAAGUGCAAUAUGUAAAAAAAAUCUAGAAUCAUGUAGAGGUGACAAGUUGCAAAGUAAAUUUAAAGCUUUUACCUCUUCCCCACUCAGAAUUUUUAAAAAGUAG